AUGGAACCCGUCAGUCGGCAUUUGCAAACGAUCAAACAAAAUGCCGAAGAUUUCCAAUCGAGAUUCCCUCUAGUUGACAGGUUUCGGCCUUCGUUCGCACCGGCUCACGGGGCUGAGAUCGCAACACUUAUCAGCCCAACCAUCUCCUACUACUAUACGACAAAGGUUUUCGUCAAAAGGCAGCCUCACCAAGAUGAGCUCGGUCUAGACGUCUACGGUAACCCGAUGAUCAAUCCCUAUAUCGCGGACCGUCUACGAAACGAGGCCGCCGCGCUUCAAUUCAUCGCCAAGCAUACUACGAUUCCCGUGCCAGAAUUUCUCGAUCUGUGGGAGGACAACGGACUCGUAUAUUUGAAGACCGCUCUUGUUGGAAAUGGUGUCGAGCUGCAACAUGUGGACGAGACUCUACUCUCUACGGCCACCAAGAGUGUUACGGCCCAGCUCGAAUCGGACAUUCUUCCUCAGCUCAGGCGUCUAAGGCGGAAUUUCAUGGGCAGUCCCAACCCAGAGCUGCCAGUGAUACCCCCACGUCGACUUUGGGACUGGAAAGAGAAGCGAGUUUGGCCAUUAAUGACAAAGGAUACGGAUGAAUACGUCUUCUGCCAUACGGAUCUGGACCGACAAAAUAUCCUAGUGGACCCGAACACUUUCAAGAUUUUGUGCAUCUUGGACUGGGAGACGGCUGGCUUUUUCCCUCAAGAAUGGGACCUUCCUUACUGGACGGCGAAUGGACCGCGGGAGAAACACCAGAUGUCCAUGGAAGCUAAACGCUGGGAAAUCACCUCCUUCGAUUUCCCAGGCACUAUUCCAAAUGGUGCUCUUAGUCCCGCGAGCAUUCAAGUGUAG